AUGUCUGAGUUCCAAGCAAUUUCACUGUUUCGGCCGGAAAUGUUUAUAAAUUUAAGUUAUAUUCUAGUGGAUUGUUCUUGUACAUAUGUAAUUAUACUAAGUGGAAUUUUGAUCAAACUCGCGCCACACAUUUUAACCGCAAAGAAGAUAUCGACCUCUACCCCUUUUCAAUUGUGGGAUUUGGAGAAUUCAGAGGCAUACCAAAAAGUUUAUGCUAGAUCUGCUAUUCCAAAAUAUGAUACUUCAGCACUGACCGUAGAAGCUGGGAUUGCACCUUCAUCUGAUCCUGGAUUAUGCAAAAAGACCCUGAGUGACCUUAGCACCAUUGGAGAAGGAGCAUAUUCAGUUAUUACUUUUAUUCUUGCAGAUACUAAGGGUGGUGUAGCACCACCAGAUACCGAAUGUGGGACUAAAUAUCCAAAUG